AUGCAACUAAGACUGGUCUUCUCGCUGAUUGCCCUGGGAGUCGUCUGUCUACUACAGACAACACCCACCGAAGCAGCCACGGAUCAUGUGAAGCAGCUGAUGAAAUUAUUCCGUGAUUUGGACUUUGACUGGUCGAAGAAACCUUUCUACCUACAUCGAGCGAAGUACGGCGUGCAGAACCAGCUGCGAAAUCCACUCUGCACGAAAGCAAAUUCUUUCCCAAAACAAGCCAAGCUUUCCGACGAGUGCUUGAAGCAAAUGGUCGCUAAGGUAAAUGAUCUUGAGGGGACCUUCUAUGCCGAGUUCAGCUACAACUGCCACGAGCAUGAGCAAUAUUCGAUGGAGUGUCUGGAAGCGGCCGAACCGGAAUAUUUGAAGGGGUUGGACGAACUUGCUACCGCAACGGAGAAAUGUCUGCUGCAAUAG